CUUGGAUAUAAACAUUCUCUGUUGUAGAAGUUGCCUACUUUAUUCAAUUAUCUUUCACCCUUUUUUCCGAUUACUCUGAUCACCAAUCAACCCUCAAGUCUGUAUAGAGUAACUACCUCCUCCCAGCCUCCCAGCAAAAUGAACGUACAAUGCCAAUGCGGCGCAAUCCGCUUCCAAACACCACUGCCCAAACCACUCGCAGUCUACAUCUGCCACUGCGACGAGUGUCGGCGGCAGAGCAGCUCGGCGUUUGGGUGUUCGGCUAUUUUCCCGAAGUUUGAAUUGCCUGGUAAAAGGGGGAAGGGGAAAGAAGGGGGAGGACAGAGGGGGUUGAGUUGUUAUUCACGCCCAACAUCCUCCGGCCACCAACUAAACUGCUACUUCUGCACCAACUGCGGCACGCGCCUCAUCCACUCCACGCCCGGGAAAGACGUCGUUAGCGUCAAGGGUGGCUGCAUCGAGGGUCUAGAUUGGAGUACCGCGCGGCAUAUUUGGUGUAAGCGUGCUAUGAUACCAAUCCCCGAAGGCGUAGAGCGCGACGAAGAGGAACCCGCUGAUGAAACGUACGGCGACAUGAGCAUGAGCGACGGAGGAGAUGACCGGCGUUCUCGCGCGCGGCUUGUGGAGGGGAGCACCAUUUGUCCGGAACUGAAGAUUGAGAGUUCCCAAGCGAAAGAUAGGGAGAAGGUUACGUUGAAGAGGGGUGAGGAGGAGGAUGAGAUUCGUGGGUAAUUUUUGGGUUUUUCUUUGGGGGAGGGUUUGGAUUUUUGAGUUUGGCUUAUUUUGGAUUGGUUGGUUGGUUGGUUGGUGAAAUAAUGAGAUUCUUGUACAUUUCAGGUACCCAGUAGAGGUAUAGGACGAACAAUCAAGCCAUACCCCCAUUAACCCGAAUCACCUGCCCCGUAACCCACUUACUGCCCUCCCCCGCCAAGAACGCCGCCACAUCCGCAAUCUCCUCCGGGGACCCAAUCCUCCCUUGCGGAUUAAAACCCGC